AGGUCGAAUGGUUUGAUGUUUGAUGACAAAGGCACAGUGUCUUUGGUUUUCUUGAGUUUCUGUUAUCAACCUCAACACUGAUCAGUUCACUUCCUGUCACACACACACAUUUACAUGCGCACACGCAGAGUCACACACAACACAAGCAGGAACAUGGUGGUUUAAACCACAAAAAGAAACGCUCAGAGUUGGCUGGACAGACAAACAGACAGGCGGACCGGUUUCUUUCUCUCUACAAGUCAACCCUUCUACAACUCAGAUGGAGUUUGCCUGCAGUCACGUCGUGUGUAACUGGAGCCCAGAAGGGAGUUUAAUGGGGGGGUCAGAUGAGGGGGGUUCAGGUUUGAGUGUGAAUCCCUGUAGUCCUCCAGGUGAAGGGGAGACCACAGAUCCAGGUGUAGCCCUCAGACUGUCUGUCACAGAGCACAUGUACGACAACCGCAUCUCAGUCAUCCCUCAGCAAGAGCCAGGACUAGUGCCUCCACCUUUGCCCCCUCGACGGUUUGAGUCUCAGAAGUACCCCCGACGCACCUCUCUGCCUCCCCCACCUCCCCCUCUUUCCUCUCUGCCUCCCCCCCUACCAGCCCGAGGUGCGGAAGGCCGAGGAGAGCAGAGCAUCAGAUUGAAGGCUAAUGUUAAUGUUCUCUCUCUCAGUGUUGGACGACUCGUAGAUAUCAGUAGAGCAUCUGGCAUCCAGACCACUCAGUGUCCCGUGAUGCACUGUGGGAGAUGUAGUGCUGCCCUGUCCUCCCUGAGUUCUGUACAGAACACACAGGAAACUGCCGUAUGGCUGUGUGAGUUCUGUGGUCUCCAGAACACCCUGUCUACUUCAGGUCCUGGUUCCAAGGUGGGCCUCAGGGUUAGAGGGGCUCCUCGAGGGAGAGAUGUGAUCUACCUCCACCGUCAGACCGACCAGGACUACGAAAACCUGGAGGAUGUCAUGGUGGUCUUCUGUGUUGAUAUAUCUGGGAGCAUGAGCGUCACCUCUGAGGUCACCCCAGGGAAUCCUAUGAGGUCAGCAACCUACGUAUCCCGACUACAGAGUAUUCAGGAUGCCCUCCAGAGGGCACUGUCCUCUCUACUUAAGACUUCACCUCUCCGCCGAGUCGCCAUUGUUACCUUCAAUGACGAGGUAGUAGUGUAUGGUGAUGGUUCAGGUGUACCAGCCUCUCUGAGGGACUGGGCUCUCGUUGAUUAUGACUAUCUGAGACAACAGGGUCAACAGUACCACACUCCACACUGUAUAGCUGAGAGCUACCAACACCUGUCACUGAGAGUCAAAGAGUUGCGUGAACACGGGGCUACAGCGUUGGGUCCUGCAGCCUUGGUCUCCGUUGCCAUGGCGUCUCGAUUCGUGGGGUCAAAGGUGAUAUUGUGUACAGACGGGCGAGCUAACAUCGGAUUGGGUGAGAUGGAGGAGAGUCCCGCCCCCUUCUCCUCCCACAAGUCACCUUACUUCUACAGACAGCUAGCCAACGAGGCAGCUAACAAAGGUGUGAUAGUUUCAGUGAUGACCUUUGAGGGCACAGACUGCAGGUUGGCUGAGGUGGGACUACUGGCUGACCAGACCGGAGGAAGGGUAAACAGAGUAAACAUUGGUACCGUAGCAACAGAGAUCCAGUCAGCUCUGGCCGACAACAUCUUAGCGACGGGCGUCAGGGCAACGUUAUUAGCAGCUGACGGCAUGUAUUUUCCCUAUGAGGAGUGUAACCACUGUCUAGUAAGGGAUAUAGGAAACGUAACAGAAGAGGUAGAGGUCACCUUUCAGUUUGCCUGCAAGCCUGAUAGUACAGAGAGUUUCAUGCGUAGAGACAGACUACCGUUCCAGCUACAGCUGUCCUUCACCACCAGAGAUCAACAGAAAGUAACACGCAUCAUUACUGAACAGAGACGGGUUACAACCAGCAGCUGGGUGUGGGCAGGCAGUCUGAACAUGUCAGUGUUAGGGGUCCACUGUGCCCAGCUGUGUGCCAGGUUAACUAUGAAGGGACGAGUCCAUGAGGCACAGAGACAACUCAGAGCACAGCAAGACCUGCUCAAAGACAUCAGUGAGCAGAGGUCCAACCCAAAGGAGGAGAGUAUCUACGGAAACUGGAUCGAUACCAUGACAACCGUCUGUGACGACCUCACCACAGACUCCCAGGCCCUCUCUGAUGAGGCAGCUAAGGUGGUGUACCAGAUGAAGAGAGCCAGCAGUGUGGGCCAGAGAACAAGGAAACAGACUGACAUGGUGGCUCUGUGAAACCAGCAGUGUGGGCCAGAGAAGGAGGAAACAGACUGACAUGGUGGCUCUGUGAAACCAGCAGUGUGGGCCAGAGAACAAGGAAACAGACAGACAUGGUGGCUCUGUGAAACCAGCAGUGUGGGCCAGAGAACAAGGAAACAGACAGACAUGGUGGCUCUGUGAAACCAGCAGUGUGGGCCAGAGAACAAGGAAACAGACAGACAUGGUGGCUCUGUGAAACCAGCAGUGUGGGCCAGAGAACAAGGAAACAGACAGACAUGGUGGCUCUGUGAAACCAGCAGUGUGGGCCAGAGAACAAGGAAACAGACAGACAUGGUGGCUCUGUGAAACCAGCAGUGUGGGCCAGAGAACAAGGAAACAGACAGACAUGGUGGCUCUGUGAAACCAGCAGUGUGGGCCAGAGAACAAGGAAACAGACAGACAUGGUGGCUCUGCGAAACCAGCAGUGUGGGCCAGAGAAGAAGGAAACAGACUGACAUGGUGGCUCUGUGAAACCAGCAGUGUGGGCCAGAGAAGAAGGAAACAGACAGACACGGUGGCUCUGUGAAACCAGCAGUGUGGGCCAGAGAACAAGGAAACAGACAGACAUGGUGGCUCUGUGAAACCAGCAGUGUGGGCCAGAGAAGAAGGAAACAGACAGACACGGUGGCUCUGUGAAACCAGCAGUGUGGGCCAGAGAAGAAGGAAACAGACAGACACGGUGGCUCUGUGAGGAGCCAGUCCAGAGCAGUCACAGGUGGCAGAGCCAGUUGGUAGCCAUGUUAGAGACUGUCCACUCUCUCAAAUAACUCCUAAUUUACUACCUAAAUAUUAUAUAAAUACAUGUUGUAUGAUUGUUUGGUACUGUACAUAAAAA